UGAUCCAGUCCAGAAUUAUUAUGGCGGCUUCAUCAUCGUCUUCUUACUUCUGCAUAUCUUCAACCAUCUUAUAUCCUUUCUCUCCAAAGUUUCCAAUCAACCUUUCUCAUCAAUCACAAACCCCAUUCAUCUCCCAACGGAUACAAUCCGAAUCCAUCUGCCCUUCACAAUCCCCCAAAAUGGACAAUGCAAUUCCCUUUCCCCACCUCAAUAAAGGACACUGAUCUUAUACUCCAGAGUAGAUCAUCCCGAACGAAAAGGCUCAUCUUCCAAGUUCCGAGUGAUCCUCUUUCCCCCCUGUCAUCUCAUCGUGACUGUCAAUCCCAAGAAACCACCGUCUGGACCAGUGUUUCAACCCACCCUCUCUCAAGAAGUCUCAACCCGUCACGCCACGGGCGCCAAUCUCUGGCAGUUUCACAACUCCCUCUAGUUUCGAUAAUCCCCACUUUCCACUGCAACUGCACUUGCACCACCUCCCUUUUGCGCCUCUACUCCAUCAUCCAUCCUGCCAUCCACCCAUCACCCUGGACUAGCCGCACAGAUAGAUUAAUACUCUCGUCUUAUUACUCCAGUCAACUUCCAAGCCAGCGACCGAAAGGGUUGAACUACUGUGUACUACUGGAAUUGAUCACAGACCAGUUCACACAGCCUACCCCUGCCCCCCGGUCAUCAUCAUCAUCAUUAUCAUCCUGGAAGAGGAUCCAUUCACUGUAGUUGGGCUCGGAAAGCUCGAAAUGUGAUGACAG